CGCACAGUGCCUGUCUGCUUAAUACAUGAUACUUUUUUUUUUUGCGAUGUGCUUGUUAUAUGAUGCUGCACUAGUGGCAUGUAUGUGUAGCGCCUUCGCUGUAGUUGCUCACGGUUCUAUGCUAUAGGUCACGUGCAACAAGGAUUCCUACUGAGUUGCAGCUUAGGGUCAAGCUGGUGGGAGGGGUGAAGUGCAUCAAUGGUACCUGAUUUUAGAUGCAAAUGUUUUAGUUAUAGUUAUUAAAGCAGAGUUGUUCACAAUAAGGUGUAGCAUAUUGUGAUUGCUCGAUUAGUAGUGAAAUGUUUUUCUGUUUGCCUAUGUCCUGUGCUCGUGAUGCAUUUAGUACAAAUAUCUUUUCGUUAGAUCCUUAUUUCAAAUGGAACACAACCCUGAUGCUGAAAAUUUGAAAGGAACCCUGGAUUUAAGUUAGCUCUCAACUUCUACUACCACCAGAGUACUGUCGUUAACUUCCUAGGGCCAGUACUGUACCACCUCCCGCACACAUACAAAUGUUGGAAAAGCAAGAAGCUCACUUGGCGCUAGUUCCUGGUUCUUCUUGUCAUUUGAAUCAAAUAUUUUUAUUUUAAGACGUAUUAGCAUGUGCUUUAGCAGAACCCAUCACAUUUCCUUAUGCCCUUGCCAUGAAAAUUUAUAUUCUUUAACCUGCCUGGAUUUUAUCAGGAUCAUAUCUGCUUUCUUAAGAUGCAUCAAAGCGUGAUGAUGAUCAUAUAGUUGUGACUGACUUGCUUCUCUUCCAGAGAUUCUAAUAUCAGGAAUUUGUAAAGGUGGACUAGUUAGAGAAGUUGCCAUGCCAUCCUGCAGAAAAGUGAUGUGCUCUUGACGGCAUCUAAACAUAUUUCAGAUUAGUUAUCCCUUUCUGUGAGUCAUCAGAAAGCAGUGCAAAUUUGGUUGGCGAAGUUCUCCUUUUCAGUCAUAUUCUGGAUGUAUGAGUAGCUGUCUUCCAUGGAUGGGCAUUCCGUUUAACUACCCUGCCAUAAAUCAAAACAGGAAGUGUCCAAGUGUAGUAUGGUCUGGAAUGUGUCUUGCUACUCGUUUUUUUUGUAAUAUGCGCAACCAUAACAAUUCCCCAAAGGAUAAAAGGCAUGGUAGGAUUGACAGAAAUUUGAUUGACAUGUUUGUGCUCCAUGAGCAUCUGCAACUAUGUGCAAAGGGGAGGUCCCUCCUGGUUGGGAAAAGCUGCCAUGGGCUAGCCAUUCAUUUUGGUCUGGUAACAGAUAUUCUGACAUGCAAUAUUCUAAUCAACUUGUACACAAAAUGUGGUCAGAAUGAUUGUGCUCGUCAUGUUUUUGAUGGAAUGCUUGCCAGAAGCAUAGUCUCAUGGAAUACCAUGAUUGCUGGAUAUACUCAGAGUCGAGAGGAUGUACAAGCUCUGAAGCUUUUUCAAAGGAUGCACCGAGAAGGGAGACAACCGACUGAAUUUACUUUAUCCAGCACAAUCUGUGCAUGCGCUGCAAAAUAUGCUAUCAAUGAAUGCAAGCAAUUACACACUAUUGCAUUCAAGCUUGCGUUGGACUCAAACAGCUUUGUUGGGACAGCAAUUCUAGAUGUUUAUGCAAAAUGUAAUAUGAUUAAGGAUGCCUGCUGGGUUUUUGAGAAGAUGCCUGAUAAAACUUUAGUUACAUGGAGUUCAUUGUUCGCAGGGUAUGUGCAGAAUGGUCUUCACGAAGAAGCAUUAUGUUUAUUUCGGAAUGCCCAAAGGGAAGGAGUAAAAUUGACUGAAUUCACUCUUUCUGCUAUCAUUAGCGCAUGUGCAAGCUUAGCAUUGAAAAUUGAAGGGACACAACUGCAUGCAGUUAUUGUGAAAUGUGGUUUUCAUGGGAACUUCUUUGUGGCAGCAUCUCUUGUGGAUGUGUAUGCAAGUUGUGGCCAGAUUGAAAAAUCUUAUGCACUAUUUGCUUAUAUGGAACAGAAGAAUGUUGUCAUAUGGAAUGCAAUGAUUGCUGGUUUUUCGAGGCAUGCCCAUUCUUGGGAAGCUAUGAUUCUCUUUGAGAAAAUGCACCAGUUACGUAUUUUUCCAAACGAAGUUACCUAUCUCUCCAUGUUGUCACUGUGCAGUCAUGCAGGUUUAGUUGAAGAGGCUCGUCACUACUUUAACCUGCUAAUAUCUGAUCGGACUGUUGAACCUAAUGCCCUUCACUAUUCUUGCAUGGUUGAUGUUCUGGGUCGAUCUGGGAAGACUGAUGAGGCCUGGGAAUUGCUUCACAAAAUGCCAUUUGAGCCAACUGCUUCUAUGUGGGGAUCUUUGCUUGGGUCAUGCAGAAACUACAAUAACAGUGACUUAGCCAGAAUAGCUGCCGAACAGCUUUUCCAACUUGAGCCUGACAAUGGAGGGAACCAUGUUUUGCUCUCAAAUGUAUAAGCUGCCAGCGGGAACUGGGAGAAUGUUCUGAUGGCAAGGAAAUAUUUGAAGGAUAGUGGUGCAAAGAAAGAAAUGGGCAGGAGUUGGAUUGAAGCAAAGGGCAAAAUUCAUGUCUUUGUUGUUGGAGAGAGAAAGCACCCAGCAAUCACUGAUAUCUACAAUAAGUUGGAGGAAAUUUAUCACGAUAUGAAUUUUUUUGCUCACAUAACCAAAAUAGAAUGUGAUCUGCAUGAUGUUCAUGACAACCAAAAAGAGGAGCUGCUUAAACAUCAUAGUGAGAAGUUAGCACUUGCUUUUGGGUUAAUUAGCUUACCUCCUAAUAUACCAGUUAUAAUACACAAGAACCUUAGGAUAUGCGGGGACUGUCAUUCAUUCAUGAAGGUUGCAGCCCAUAUUACCAAACGUCUAUUCAUUGUCAGAGAUACCAAUAGAUUUCACCAUUUUAAGGAUGGCUCAUGUUCUUGUGGGGACUUUUGGUGAUGUAAGGCUGAAUUGGAGAAUGGUAGUCAUCUACCAGUGGUACUCUAUUCAUGUAGCAAAUUAUUGCCUGUCAGUAGUGGCACUGCAACACUAAAUAUCUUUGUCAGGACUGAUCUUGAUAGCUUUGCCAUUCAAGUCAAUAAUGUCGUGCUGCUGGCUCCAUUGAAUGUAAUAUCAACACUAGCAAAUUAUUGCCUGUCAGAAAUGGAAGCAGAUGCAAGUCCUUGGUUAAUUGAAUAGACUGCGUCACCAACAAAGCUGUUUCUUGUACAUGACGAGCUACAUAUUUUUCCGUGGUCCAACAAAGAUAUACAUAGGAAGUGGAUGCAAGAUUUGUUCUUGCAGAAAUAGAUAUGGGAAGUGGAUUCUUCUCACCUCAACACUUGCUGGAUUCAGUGCGUGAAGAAGUCUGCUAUGCCACUUAUUUGGUACUACCAGUGUAAUUAUUGAGAACUGUACCAGCUGAUGCACAUUGUGGUUCCAGCUCCUUAUGGUCGAAUCUUUCUUGUCAUGCUUUCCACUCCAACAGUGAUGAACCCUGGGAAGUGUACUCACCAGUAACUUGGCACCGUGGCCACUGCAGCGUAGGGGCUCUGGUGGGUGUAGCCGUACAUUGGUGUUAUUGCCUCUGCCUCUGGCUCCGGACCGCAGUCGAGGUU